GUUCAGAGGUCCCUCUGGAAGUGCCACUAAUGGGCUACAUAGAUCGAGAUAAUCAUUCUCAAACACAUUGCUCCUAUACUAAUCAAUUGUAUGGAAUGUAAAAUUUAAUACAAAUAGAUACAUGGAAAACAAUCAAUCACUUUGCCCCAUGCGUGGCCCAAUUGUAUCUUCAAAAUAAGCGACCCAGAGCCUGGCACAACGCAAAUAAUUCAUAUAAUAAGUAAUAUAUGUCUGGCGUUAGUAAUCGCUGCGCUUAUUGUCUGCCCGGUGCAGAAACGAUUCCUUUUUUCCCCCAAAGUGCACAUUAAAUUCAGCCUAAGUAUUUACUAUUGUUCGAGGCUUUUUUUCCUGUUAAAAAUAAUCCCUUUGGCAGCACAAAUGUUUCCUUUUAUUGAACAUUAAGUGGCAAUUGAAAAUCUAAAAGAAAUGAAUAUAAUUCACCUGCAGGUUUAAUUGCAGUCAGUUUGCAGAAGAGUCGCUGGCUCGGUUUAAUUUGCAGCAUUUUCAUUCAAAUGAUGAUCGGAACAAACACCCGAGCUGCUCGCACUCGGCGCUAAUUAGCUCUUGAGGAUCCUAUUAAAGCUCUUCACUUGCCGGUUUCCCAGCUGAAAGGCUUCCCCUGUGUGUGCGGCAGCGCCUCUAAUUGCAGCUCAGUCUGCCCUUGUCCUUCCACUGCCACUGGGGAGGGAAGUGCCGGCACUGGGGUUAGUAAAGCCCCACACUUUCUGCCAUUGCCAAUAAACUCUGUAGCUACCGGCAGGGGCAAGUGUCCUGAAGCUGAAUAGCGGCGCUAAUGUAACAACGCAGCGCCGAAUUACUACCCCAUGAACAUAGCUGAGCUGCGCUAAACAUAUCAAAGAUAUAAAAUAGUUGCGCCACGUUUAAUAAAGGGAAUGUGCCAGUCACCCUGUAUUACAGGUUUGUGCCCAUUCAACUUGUACAUCAACGGCGGAAGGCUCCGGUCAGUGACAGCCGCGAAGACUUACUGCAUCAUUAGGUUAAACAAGCGCAAACUUUUCAAACUCCAGCUUGGAACUAAUAGUCAUUGGGAAUUACAGUACAAAUCCCCGUUUGAAAGCCUGUAGCGGUUUGUGUCCCCGGUUACGGCACUGGAAGGGUUACAGGGAGAGGGCAUAAAUAGCGCGCAAUGAUCUUCCGCACGACUGCGAGCGGCUCCGAGUUAUGGCAGCCGCCGGGACUGGGACAGGGGGUACCGACACCGCGCUCAGUCCGUUCUUUCCUCUCUGUCCUUCAGUUCGCGCCUCUUAUGUCCGAGGAGUGUGGCGGAGCAGCGUUGCCAAUGGGAAGAAGCCGGAAAAGCGAAGGGACCCCGGUGCAGGGAAGUCCUGGUGCUGCAAUGGAUGAGGAUUCUUGUUCAUCAGUUCCUCUAUCUCCUGUAUCCUCUUCUUCUCCGCACUCCAUGCCAGCAGCUGGCCUCAACCAGGGCAAGAGCGUGUGCAGCAACUGUGGCUUGGAAAUAGUAGAUAAAUACCUGCUUAAGGUAAACGACCUAUGUUGGCAUGUCCGCUGCCUGUCCUGUAGUGUAUGCAGAACCUCACUUGGAAGGCACACUAGCUGCUACAUUAAAGACAAAGACAUAUACUGCAAGCUUGAUUAUUUUAGACGGUAUGGAACACGCUGUUCACGGUGUGGUCGGCACAUCCAUGCCACCGACUGGGUGCGAAGAGCAAAGGGCAACGUCUAUCACUUAGCUUGUUUUGCAUGUUAUUCGUGCAAGCGCCAGCUGUCCACAGGAGAGGAGUUUGCUUUGGUAGAAGAAAAAGUCCUUUGCAGAGUGCAUUAUGACUGCAUGUUGGACAACCUGAAGAGAGCAGUGGAAAAUGGAAACCGGGUUAGUGUGGAGGGUGCUCUAUUAACAGAGCAGGAUAUAAAUCAACCAAAGCCAGCUAAAAGGGCUCGUACCAGUUUUACAGCAGACCAGCUCCAGGUUAUGCAGGCACAGUUUGCGCAGGACAACAACCCAGAUGCACAAACGUUACAAAAGCUAUCUGAAAGAACGGGCCUAAGCAGACGUGUAAUACAGGUUUGGUUUCAAAACUGUAGAGCACGCCAUAAGAAACAUGUUAGUCCAAAUCAUUCAUCAACCACUCCAGUUACCACUGUGCAGCCAUCUAGACUCUCUCCUCCAAUGUUAGAAGAAAUGACCUACUCUGCAUACGUUCCUCAGGAUGGACCAAUGCUUACAGCUUUACAUAGUUACAUGGAUGCUCAUUCUCCGACUGCGCUUGGUCUCCAAUCAUUGUUGCCCCACUCCAUGACACAGCUACCAAUAAGUCACGCUUAAAGUUGUUUUUUGUUUUUGUUUUUUUGUACCCCUCUUCCAAGAAUGUACGUUGGGUAUAACUGAGUCAUUUAUUGUGUAUAAAAUAUAAUUGAAACAUAAUGUUUUCUUAUAUAACUCCCCUUCAUUGCUGAAGAAAAGGAUGCUUGCUUUUGCAUCUCAGCUGUGAACGAGACCUUUAUACACAUGAAUUUAAGGACUUUUUUGCUGCCCUUGCAUGUGAGUAUUGAUGGGGUUAUGCUAAAUUGCCACUAAAUUCCUUGACUUCAUUAUUUUUUUUUUUUCUUUGUGUUGUCUGGAAAUAGUCCAACUUAGUUGUGUGUUUGUUAAUUUAUUUGUCAUCAUCAGAGCACUUUGCCAAAAAAAAGGUCUGACAAGUGUGCAAAAAAUGUUUACAAUUUUUUGUGAAAUUGUAGUUUUGUCAUUAGUUGUAUCUGUAAAUUAUUACAAAGGUGCAUAUGUAUUUUGAUUUACUUUCCCUUUUCAUAUCUGUGAACUAGCAAAUUCAGUUCAAUAUUUUUUCCCUCUUUUGGAACUGACUGAAUAAAGCUUUGAUUACAGCA